UAGCAAACCAUUGAUCAAAUCCGUAGUCUUCUCUUUCUCUCCAGUUUUGCGGAAGCAGAUUUUUUUUUUGAGUGAUUCAAGGAAGCAUGGAAUCCACUGGUGACCAUGGAGGGAUUCAGUUACUGCUUGCUGCUGAACACGAAGCUCAACAUAUUGUCAAUGCCGCUAGGACCGCAAAAAUGGCAAGGCUGAAGCAAGCCAAGGAAGAGGCUGAAACAGAGGUUGCUGAGUACAAGACCAGUACUGAGCAUGGUUUCCAGAUGAAACUCGAAGCGACCAGUGGAGAUUCAGGGGCAAACGUGAAGAGGCUAGAGGAGGAGACUGAUGCCAAGAUCGAGCAAUUGAAGAACGAAGCUUCCAGGAUUUCCAGGGAUGUUGUUGACAUGCUUCUCAAACAUGUCACCACGGUGAAAAACUGA